UGCAGGAUACGAGAUCGUUUUGGGAAGGGUGAUUAGCGUUUUAGGGUUUUAGAAGUGGUCUCAAUUUGGGGGUAAAUGGCGAGAGCGAUCUCACCAUGCAUCUUCUGUCAAAUCGCUCGAAGUUCCAACUCCACUCCCCUCCUUCAUUCCGAUGACAAGAUCGUUGCAUUUCAAGAUAUCAAGCCUGCUGCAUUCAGGCAUUACUUGGUGGUACCAGUGGAGCACAUUCCAACUGUCAAUGAUCUUCAAAGAGGAAACGAACAUUACACAUUGGUAAGUGACAUGUUAAAUGUGGGGGAAACUAUGUUAAGCAGGGAUGCACCUCAGCCAAAUAAAUACAGAUUUGGUUUCCAUCAGCCUCCAUUGAACAGUGUCGACCAUCUCCACCUCCACUGUUUCGCUCUUCCUUUCAUACCUAGAUGGAAACAAUUAAAAUAUUUAUCUUCGGGGCCACUUGGGUUUAUAGAGGCUGAGAAGUUGUUGGAGAAGAUAAAACCUUUGUCGCCAAUCCCUCCAUAGGUGCAAUUGAAUCACGGAUGGAUUUCUCUCCCAUAUUGAAAUCUCAUUUUUGAAAAAAAUAUAUAUGGGAAGUUCCUUGAGCAGUCAUUGUUGUUUGUUCACGGUAAAGAUUACCAUUUAAAGCAUGUUCUUCAUAAGCUCUAUGAAGAUCUGUUGUAAAACAAGAGAAGGGUUACUGUUCUUAGUAAGCAGAGGAACUUUUUCACAUGAUCAUAUUCAUAACAUCCACAGAUUUGUCAAAGUCAAUUGUGUAUUUCAGAUGUGUGUCUUAUCCAUCUGCAAUUUAAUCAUGCUUGAGGUUCUUGUAG